AUGGUCAAAAAGUACGUGCACUUCGGUCGCGUUAAGGAAAUUCAAGAAAAUGUGCAGAGAAUGAAGAUGCAGACGAAUGUUAACGAGAGAGUGCUUCUGUCCUUGAAAGAAAUGGAGGAAAGAAUGGUAAAGGUGAGUCAAAACUCAAAUUCUCCUUACAGAAAAAGGCGUUGUUCACAGACCCUCUCUAUUUUUUCUUGCAAGUUUUUUUUAACGCUUUUACUUUUAAAACAGCAAAAAGAAUUGUGGGGACAGAAGAAAGAACAGUUUAUUAAGGCUCGAGAAGACAUUUUGGAAAGCUUUACCGUGUGUAAGUGUCAAUAACAUAAAUGAACCAAAAACGCAUGCAUUGUUUUCUAAAAUGGUAAUCAAUCAGAAACGUCAAUUUGUUUUCUCCUUUCUUUUUUUUACCAGUUUAACUCAAGUGCACGAAGAGACCGGUAUUCUACACACUAAACCGAUAGAUCUGAUCCCGCGACUAGAAGAAAUCAAAGAAGACGUGAAGGAAAUAAACGAGGCAGACAUAAGGGAAGCUGCCAACAUUCCCAAGGAGCGUGCAAAGUUACGAAAAGCGCAAUUACAGGCACAAGCAGCGGUUAAAGAGAAACCCCUCUCCCCUGUGGAUGGUACUGGUGUCACGCGUGAGGCAAACCAGGGAACAACAUGGAAGAUAUCGGGGGUAGUGAAGGGCAUGGUAACUGAAGCCACGAUAAGUCUCACUUCUGAUUGGUUGAUAUCAGACAAGGAAUUGCAACCAUUACACUGCGAGUGGUUGCCUUUCUUUCCCCUUAGCGACACGCAGUAUGUAAAAAAGUAAAAUUUUAUCAUGCUAAUUAAUGGUAAAAAGGAGGGGAGAUUGGGGCGGAGAGAGGAAAAAGGGUGUGUCCCAUUUUCUCUUCGUUCGGGGUUCCACCUUGGUUCUUUGCGGCUUCGCUGCUCUCCCCCCUCGCAUGCUCUUGAUCUACUGUGACUCAAAAGAAAAAUACGAGACUGCUCGCAGACUAUGCAUUAUGCAAAGAAUUUAAAAUAAUUUCCUGAUCAUGCAGAGAAUGAUAGAAACAGCAGUCUUUCUACGCCUUCUUUUUACAAACCGCAUUUUGAAUUUUCAGGUCAUGUCCACAUUUCCCCCUGCAAUGGUCACUACACCAAAGUUGCUGCACUUGGAUAUCAAUCGAAAUCGUCUGGCGGCUCAGUAGUAAGUCAGCAGAGUUACAUAUAGAGGGACAUUAAAUUUUUGAACAAAGCAAUGUCAUGGGGAAUUCACUUAUCGAUGGUUUCAUAAGUUAGAGCACACACUUUCUCAGUAUAUCCAAGAGAAGUCACAAAAAACCCUUUUGAGAGGUUUCACUUGAAAAGUGACUUUACAGAACUUACAUCUGUAAAAUCAAGUUGCAACCACCUCGUAAGGAUUCCAUUAGCCACCCUGUGAAACAAUAGUCCGUGUUGAAACGCAUUUCUGCCCCUGCUGGGUUUCUCCUUGGGCUCUUCCCAUUUAUCCCUCCCCAAAAAUGUUAAUUCCCGUUUUCAAAUCUAUGAAGGAUUUAAGACACAGGUCAUUAGUAGAAAGACUGUCACCUGCCACCCUUUACCAGUUAAAUUACAACUCUUCCCCACCCCAGAGGGGACCAAAAGUUGAGAUACCCUGGGAAUGGGGUUGAUAAAAUUCUAAAAAAACUUCCUUUUUCAUUCCUUCAUUUCAGUAUUUUAGCGCGUUUAAGCCGUGGUUCAUUGGAUGCUAAAUCAGUCAGUCUCCCUCCAUCAAGUUUCUUCCCAUCCCUAUAUGGCUAUUACAAGAGACCAGAUGAUGGAAUCCGAAAGACCAGGAGUGAAGUGGCACCAAAACGAAAGAACAUUGUCAAGACGUUUAGAUCCAAAGUGAGGUUCCUCCCUCCCAUUGCCACCCUUUACCCUGAAGAUGAACAGGAAGGAACUUCCUAG